AUGACUAAUCACACGAACGUGGAAAAUGUUAAGAAAUACGAGAAAGUGAAAUAUUUAGAAUUUGACCUAGUAUAUAAUAAUUACGUUAAGAAGCAUGAUAGAAUAGUUUCCGAGCUAUUAGGGUCAUCUGACAAAUCUACUUUAUCAGAACUUCCGAAAGUUGUUGUUGUCCAACCAGACUUGACUAAAGGAUACGGAAACCGUAUACCUUCAAUGGUUUGUGGGUUUAUAUAUGCACUGAUGUCUGAUAGGUUAUUCUUUAUUGAUGGAUAUGAUAAUUUCACAGAUUAUUACGUGAAAGACUUUGAGCAUGACUGGAAAAUCGUUUCAAAAAUGUAUGAAAACAGUACCAACAGAUAUCUACAUGAUGCUAAUGAUUAUAAUGAUUUUCCGUUGGUUGCGAGAGGAAACUUUAGCAACGAAAAAACAGAUAUUUUAUAUGUUUACGCAUGGGACUACGUAUGCGCUCCAAUAACGUCAAAUCCUCAUUAUAAGAAUUGGUUUGAUAAAAUAAUACCUGAUUAUAGAGUUUUUACGGCAUUCAGCCUGAAAUUAAUAAGAUUGCAUCCAAAUAUUAGCAAACAAGUAGAGACUUUUGCCAACAAUAAUUUUAACAAUUAUAAUAUAGGAAUUCAUUUAAGGGAGAAAAAGACAAUAGAUGAUUUAAUAACGCCCAUAGAUCAUUUUAGUCUGGUAGCGAAAAUGUUGAUAUUGGGAAUGAAAAACACGGACAUAACUAUCUUUGUGACUGCAGAUAGUAAUGAUGGUCGUAAUAAAUUAGUAAAUUUACUUAAUGAAAUGGUUACUUAUAAUAACAAUUCUAUUAAUAUAGUUCAUGCUAAUGAUGAUAUGGAUGCUCAAAAUCCACAUAAUUCGAACACUGGUACGGAAAUAGGCGCUCUUAUCGAUAUGAAGUUGCUUAGUUUAUGUGAUGACCUGGUGAUUACAUAUGCUUCAUCAUUCGGUUUCACUGCAGCAGGGUGGUCCCAAAAAACGUAUCACCGAAGGGGUCCAUUUGUUGUAAUGCCAAUAAAAAACUCGAGCGAUGAUUUUUGGAUUUCGGACAAGGUUUGGGUGUAUGGUGCUACAUCAAGUGAACCUUGCAUGUACCUAAGUAAGUGGGUAAUUGAUAAUGAAGAUGAAGAAACCUCUAGGGCUUUUAG